AUGGAGGGCACGGAGAAGCCGAAGAUCAUGUUGAACAACACGAGAAUCAUUAUUGCAGACAUCAACAUGAACGGCAAGAAUCUGACAGAAGUGACUAGCUUCAAGUACUUGGGAGCAACCAAGUCCAAUGCUGAUACCAAAACUGCUGAGGUCCGAAAAAUGCCAUCGAGUUUUUCCGAGGCCCGAAAGACGGUGGAGUUUCGCGCGGUAUACCGGAAGAACAAGCCCUCGGACAAGUCGGUGCUACAGCGACUAUGUACGUGGAACAAGCGGCGCGUUACCAACAUGAUGCUGAACACGUUUCCGUUUUACCGGAUAAUGCGAAAGUACCAGUGGAGAACGGACCUUCUGGCUGACAUAGUCUGUGGAAUCACGGUCGGGAUUAUGCAGUUUCCUUCGGGUAUGGCCUACGCAAUGUUGGCCGAGUUGCCGCCCGUUGUUGGCCUGUACGUCUCUUUCUUCCCCGUACUCAUCUACUUCUUCUUCGGAACUUCCAGGCACUGCGCAAUUGGCACUGCGGCUGUGGUUGGACUCUUGGUUGGCUCCGUCAUGGCCCGGUUCUACACCGUGACGGCGGCAGUUGCUGGCGGCGCUCUUAACACCUCACUGGAUGCUAACGACACAAUUGUCGACACGGGUGUGUCAUCUACGGGGGUCACUGACGAGUUCAAAAUUGGUAUCGCGAUGUCGCUUGCCUUCCUAGUCGGCGUUGUGCAAAUAAUUAUGGGUGUGUGCCGCCUUGGUUUUGUGACCACUUAUAUGUCCGAUCCUCUGAUUGCCGGCUUCACCACUGGAGUCGCUAUCCACGUGGGGACCAGUCAGAUCAAGCACCUUCUCGGACUGAAGUUGCCGAGAACUGACGGAAACUUUCAAGUCAUAUAUACGUGGAAGUACAUUUUUCUGACCAUCCACAAGACGAAUUUCGCACCUGUUAUCAUCUCCGCUAUCUGCAUAGUAGUCCUCUAUCUGGUCAAAGCCCAGGUCAACCAGAGGUUCAAGGCCAAGCUCAAGGUCCCCAUUCCCAUCGAAAUCGUCGUGGUUGUGCUGGGCACAGUUGCGUCCCAUUUCGGAAAGUUCCACGAAAAGUACCAUGUCGUUGUCGUUGGUAACAUUCCCAGCGGUUUUCCGGUCCCCAGCGUCCCGACAUUCCACGGUGUAGACAUAUAUUUUACGGAAAUUAUCGUCAUCGCUAUCAUCUCCUUCGCCCAGUCGGUCUCACUGGCAGCUAUUAUGGCAAAAAGAAACAAAUACACAGUCGACUCGAAUCAGGAACUCAUAGCGUACGGCGUCAGUAAUGUGUUCAGCUCGUUCUUCUCAUGCUUCCCAUGUGCCGCUUCCGUCUCCGGUUCGUCGGUGCAGGAAUCCGCAGGCGGAAAAACACAGGUUGCAAGUCUAUUUUCUGCUGGGUUGGUGAUGAUAGUUAUAUUGGUUCUUGGUCAGCUCUUCACUGCCCUUCCAAAUUGCGUAUUGUCUGCGAUUAUCGUUGUGGCCAUACGAACUUUGGUCUUGCAGCUGCUUGAGCUACCAAAAGUCUGGAAGACUUCCAAAUACGACUGCUUCAUCUGGAUGGUGACAUUCCUGAUCACGACACUAGUUCAUGUUGACUUUGGGCUCCUGAUUGGCAAUGUAUUCUCCUUUUUCACAGUGGUCCUUAGGACACAAGUAGGCAAACCCACCCACUUGGCAAAAGUAUCCGACGAGGGGGUGUUCAGAGAUCCAAAGUACUACGUUAAGACAACGGUGCACAACACGAUCAAGGUGAUCGGCUACCACUUCCCUAUCUACUAUGCCAACGGUGAACUCUUCACGAGCGAGGUGUAUCGCCUUGCCACCAUCAAGCCCGAAGCCUUGAAGAAGCACAUCCGCCGAGCGUCCAUGGCGUCCAUGACAAGCAGCAACAGUUUAGCCAGUAUGAACAGCCAGGAGGUCUCCGCCUCUUAUGCGAGCCUCAACAGAUCUUACAGCGUCAUUGAAGUGGAGCACGCUUUCCCCAUCAUUGACUCCAUGCAUGUCUACCCGAUGGUGUUUAAAUACCCUCUGUCCCACAUCAUACUCGACCUGUCUGGAGUCUCCUUUGUUGAUACCGUUGGUUGCAAAGUUGUCAAAAACCUUAUUUCGGAAUACGCUGCUGUUGACGUUAAAGUGUGGAUGGCCAAUGUUUCUGACGACAUCUGGAAUAUUUUCGAAGAAUUGGAUAUAGUUCCCGCUUUCAAGGACAGUAUUUUUUUGACGAUAGAAGACGCGUUUAAUGCAGCAUGCGAAGAGGUUGGGAAUCUCAAAGUCAAUGGCAAACAAGACGAAGUGAAAACGAUUAGCGGAAAAAUAUUAGACGUGCAAUUAUGAUGGAUGUCUUGUCUUGGAACAUCGAAAGCCUAAGGAUUAUCUAUACGUUAUUGAAUCUGUUUCCGGUGUAGAACCUGUACUUGAUGUCUUUGAUGGAGAUCUUAAGAACUUUCAAACGGUUUUGAUCGAACCUGUGCCCUUCCAUUCGGUAGGGUGACACCCUUUUAACUACACAACGACGACCAACUAUUGUUUGUAACCACGGGGAAAUGAAAGUGAUGGGUUAGUUUCCUUAAAGUGGUAAAUUUAAAACAGCAAGAUAAGUGUGACAAAUGUCAGAAUAGCGUCUUGAGUAGUUUUUGAAAUUGACUUCAACGAAUGUUCAAAAAUGGUUAUAUCAGUGAGUUUGGAAGUGAGCAUGUUAUUUUAGGUAUUUGUAUUCAUGUGUAUUCAUUUUUUUAAUUUGCAUAUUCUCACGUAAUUAUUGAGUUUUCAAGCAGCACAUAUUCAGGAAUCUGAAAUGCACGACAAUGCUUUGACUCUGUUAAUAAUGCGUGCGUGCGUGCGUGCGUGUGAUUAUACCAUAUUUCGUAUUGUCUAAUCAUAUCAUAUUGGCAACUGUGCUUUAAUAAAAAUGUGUACCAAUAUACAAAUACGCCAC